AUGGAUUUCAGGAAAAUUUUACUGCGAUCUUUGUUUUUACUUUCAGUGAUCAUAUUACAAGCAGUGAAUGGACGAACGGGAACUGGAGUUAUCUUCAAUUUAGAACAGCUUAUCUUAGAUUUCUGGAAAAACGUGUACGAACGUUUGGCUGAAACAUUCAAAUGUCUUUUGAACGUAUUACCAGAAUAUCUUGGAGUAGUUUUAACAUUAUCACUUAUACUUCUUGAAGGAAUUCAUGUAGUGACUGGAGAAGGUGUUAUUUUUGACUUAAGAAUGUUGGUUAAACCUGUGUUGUCGUUUAAAAGGAACAUUCGAUUACUUCCUUGA